CCAGUGAAGGGUGGGGAAGGCCGCGGAGUUCGCCUCCGCCGCUGGCCGAGCUACCCUGAGAAGUUUCUGGAAAGAAGGACCCAAAGGGAACCUAAGGGGAAGGAACGGGAGGCGAGCCUUUUUUUCUGAGAGAAGACAGCGAAAAGUCCCAAUAAAGAGUACACGGCCUUAGCCGAGCCCACGACCGACGACCCACUCCCACCCAAGGAGGAAGCGUGGGGUCAGGGAGCGGACAUUGGAGAGAUGGAGGCGCAGCCGCCUGGGCGCGGGGCUCGGGAGUGGCAGGGGAGGCGCGGGGUCAGGGUCCCCGAAGGCCGCCGUCCUCAGCUCCGCUCCCGCGGGCGCCCUGACACGCCCGUCUGCACUCGGAGGGCCUCCGGGGUUCGCGGGGAUGGGACGCGCACACGCGCGCGAGCUCACGGACAGCGUGGGAAGGAACCCCGGCCGCGCGCGGGGACGGCGCCGCGGGUCCCCACGCCGCGGCCCGCCCGGCUGCCAUUUUGUAGCGCGGCCGCCAUUUCGCGCGGCCCGGGGGCGGGGGAGGCGCUCGGGGCGCGGCCCCGCGGCUCGCGGUGGGCGUGGCCGGUGAUGGGCGUGGCCGGCGGCGGGCGCGGCCCCGGCCCCCUUUGUUCUCCGCCUGGGGGUCGCGAGGCCCCUCGGGCUCGGCCGCCGGCUCGCCCCCGCCGCAGCAGCGUGUGAACGGCGAGAGGCAGCCCCGGGGCGUGCGGGAUCCCGGAGCCCAUCGGAAACGGGGUGUGUCCCCCGUGUGUGGGGGGGAUGACGUCCUGCGUGGGGAGACUGAGAUCGCCGCGGUGGGAAGCGGCUGACGGGCGAGCCCCACCUCUGCAAACAAAGUCAAGUUCGGUCCGGAAAGCAACAAAGGUGCCGAAACUCGGCGGAACCGAGCCCCAGGAGGCGGGGCUCGUGCAGCCCACGAGGUGGAGGAGCGCUGAGAGCUCGGCUUCCAUUGGCUGGCCCUCGGAGCACAAGGCUUGCAAGGCCCAUUCUCCCUGAUCCAGAAGCCUGAACAAUAAAUACGCUGUGAUGGCUUUCUUCUCUCUGUCGACUUCAUCUUCCACUUAACUUAUUUUCAAAAAGCCUUAUGAGUUUAUUUUUAAAAAAUAAAAUAAAAUAAAAUACGUGCCUGCCAUCCAUCGCCUUUUCACAUUUUCACAUUCCGAAAAAGCAAUUGGCUUCUUGGGGAAUAUUUAAAUGAGAAUCUUGGUUGUGUGUAGUGCUGAAAAUUCUGGCACUAUUUCGCAAACCCAGAAAACUUGGAAAACGCUGCUGAAUUUGACUUCCAGCUUUUGUGCACUUUUCUUCCCCUUAAUGGUUGACGUGGUUUUUCUUCACAACAGCCUGGUCUCAUAAAGGAACCAGCCCAUCCUGACUCAUCUAUUUGUGUCUAGGCUACAGUAAACCUCUUUUUUUUUUGUCUUCUCAAUAUGUAUAAUUAUGGCGACUGCUUAUGUUUUCUGUAAUAGUGGGGUAAAGCUUAUGAUGACAGACUGAAAAGGUCAAAAACAUUGUUGAGGGAACCAAUCGGGAUUUUGAUGACUGCCAGACGAGAGAAAUUUAGCAGAGGCGUUUAGAUUUCAAAUUUCAUGAAUAGAUGGGCUUGGUAGAGUUAUAAAACUGUAUACUGUGUCUUUAAGAUUACAUAAAUAAUCUGAAACCUUCAGUAGUGAUUACUUAAAAUAUGUUGCCUUAGUCGUGUUUUCUUGUCUGUAACCAAGUAAAACAAUUCAAAUCAUUAUUUGGUUAGUUGGUUUUCGAGACAGGGUUUCUCUAUGUAGCAGCCCUGGGAAAUAAGUGAAAUCUUAUCCUGGGAUGUUAGAAUAAUAUGGCAUAUAUGAUGUAUUGACACUCCGAGAAUGAUUUCCCAGCACUUCGUUGCACAGAGAAGGAUGGUCUGAUUGAAUUUUUAAUUGUAAUUCCUUUAGAAUUUUUCACUGUUUUUGAGAAAGACUCAAGUAGCUCAAAUUGGCCUUGAACUCAGCUUUAUAGUUGAGGAUAAAUUUGAACU